UUCAAUAGAAAUGUUCUAUAUUUCAUGAUGAAAUUUUCAUCAUUCUUCAACCCCAAAGAAAGAAACUCCAAGCCUUAACUAGGAAAAACAGAAAAGAAAACGAAAAAGGAAAUCAAGAAAGAAGAGUUUGAAAGAAGUUGCUCCAUCCGAGGAUGGUUGUGCAGAGAAGUCGUUGAACCUCAAAAGCUGGAAAAGGGAGGCCGCAUGUAGAGGCUACUGUUCACAGAACACAUGGAGACAUGUUUUCUGUGAAAAGUUGAGCAGUCAAUGCAGUCAAUCUCCUUGGAUCACGGGAUCAGAUUGAGUAAUGAGAUAUGUGUUGUUUGCUUGUAGCUGAGAAGUACAAGCUUUUGCUGCACCCAAUUUAGUUCAUGAAUGGCGACCAGCAGCAGCUUGGUGCUUCAUCGUUGUUGGUCUAUGUUGGUCUAUCGAGGUGUAGCUUUCCCACGGAGAUCUCCGAGACUAAUGCUGAACUUCCAUUCAGUGUGUGCAACUUUAGCAGUCAAAGCCUCCUUUGACAGGUGCAUUAGUCGCUUCGGCACAAGGACAUGCAACAGUAAGCCAAACCAGCUCACAAGAAGCUGCUCCGCCAAUGCUUUUGUUGUUGUCGAGGAUGAAAAAUAUGGCAAUAAGCAGGUGAUUAGUGUUACUCCAAGUCUUUACGACUACAUCCUUGCCAAUGUUCGAGAGCCUGAGAUUCUACGGCAACUUCGAGAGGAGACUGCUUCCAUGCAUGGUAGUCAGAUGCAGGUGUCUCCUGAUCAGGCACAGUUGCUUGCUAUGCUUGUGCAGAUUCUUAGGGCAGAGCGUUGUAUUGAAGUUGGUGUUUAUACUGGAUACUCCUCAUUGGCUAUUGCAUUAGUCCUUCCAGAAUCAGGUCGUUUAGUUGCCUGCGAAAGAGAUGCCAAGUCUCUUGAGGUUGCAAAGAAGUAUUAUGAGCGAGCUGGUGUUUUGCACAAGGUGGAUGUUAAAUAUGGACUUGCAGCUGAUGCCCUAAAAUCACUGAUUCUGAAAGGUGAAGCUUGCAGCUUUGAUUUUGCAUUUGUUGAUGCCGAGAAGAGGAUGAAUCAGGAAUAUUUUGAACUGCUUCUUCAACUGGUGAGGGUUGGGGGUCUCAUUGUGAUUGAUAAUGUCCUUUGGCAUGGAAAAGUUGCUGACACAAUGGUAAAUGACGUUAAGACAGUUAGCAUUAGGAAUUUCAAUAAAUGUCUACUGGAGGAUAAGCGUGUAAACAUCAGUAUGGUACCUAUUGGAGAUGGCAUGACGAUAUGCCAAAAAAGAUGACCUCAUAGCAAAAGCUGAUGAUAUUCUUGAUUCAGUGAAUAAGUUUAUAAUAAACUUAUUUGGCACACAAGUCUGCGCAAGUGAAUAAAGCACCUUUUGGUCAUUCAGUUAUAUCUUGAGACCUAAGUUGGUGUAGCUUUUUGCAGGACUGAAGGUAUACUUUGAGGAUGACUUGAAAACCUGAAAUUUGAAUCUGAUGCUGAAAAUGAGAUCAUUCUGAUGCAGCUAUAAUUUAAAUAACUAGCUUCAUCAUCUAUUGAACAUAAACAAAAGUAUAUGCAUUGAAGAAUCAGUCGAUGAGUUGUCGAUUAUAAGCUGGUUUUCAUUUUGGCUCUGCCAGGAAAGAUCCUUGCAUCCUCCUAGCAGUGGUUUUACUUUUAUAUCUGUGUUGAAUGCUAAUCUAUAACCAUUUUAUGGUUUACAAAUGUUUGAAUGGAAUAUGUGAAGAGGAUGUGUUAUUAAGUCAUGAUGCUAGGAACAACUUGAUAGAUCA